GAAGUAUCAGAAGAUCAAGAACAAACGACGGCGCUGCGGUGGCGGCCGGAGAAGUAUAACCGCCGGUGAGGGCGUGACUGUUGGUAUCUGCUGGUUAUUUUGGUCGGAAAAAUCAAUUAGGGUUUCCUCACAUUGGCUUAGCCGCCAAAGGCACAACUACACUAAGAACAGAGCAUGUCAUUCUGCGAGCGCGCCAAACAGAGGGAUUGCCUUUGAAGAAUGUGGAAUUUCUUGAGAGAUUGUAUUUAGUUUGCAACUUAAAGUGUAGGAGGCAUUUCAUUUGUUAAGAUGGAUGAACUGUUGAAGAAUAAGACAUUCGCGGUCCAUGCAGCUGCUGCCUCAUGGUCCGUGGCGCUAGGCACUGCCAUAACCUACCCACUUGAUACUCUCAAAGUCUUGAUACAGGUUGGUUCCAGCACUAAAAAACAGUUAGCUGUGGCUGAUGUUCUUUACAGAGUUCAAGCUUUGUCAGGAUAUUCCGGUCUGUACAAUGGUGUUGGAUGGUUGACUUUGGGAAGGACAUUAGGUCUGGGAGUUCGCUUUGGUGUUUAUGAGUUAUUGACAGCAUUCUACAAAGAUGGUCGGGCAGAUGGUAAUGUGCAUGUCUCUGAGGCUCUAAUGGCAGGAUUUGCUGCUGGCAUGAUGGAGUGUCUUGUAAGCUCUCCAUUUGAACUUAUUAAACUUCGCACCCAGGUGGCUUCUGCUUCUCGUGUAUUGAACUCUCAAUCUAUUGCUGAAAAGAGUAGGGCUUCCUCUUUAGUUUCAAGAUUACUGCCUAGGUAUUCCCUUGACAUGACUGCAAUGACAAACUCUCUUGGUCUCUUGUCUACCUUGACCACUAAACAAGCAAAUAUGCUGGAUGCUUUGAAAGAAUAUCCAUGGAUGAUGACAGGAUCUGGUAAACCUCCAGCUGUGAGUAAUGUUAGAAUGCCAUCGGACAUUAUAUCUUUGGAAGGAUGGGGUGCUCUGUGGAGAGGUCUUAGAUCGGGUUUAGUCCGAGAUUCAAUAUUUUGUGGCAUAUUUUUCUCAAGUUGGCAAUUUUUACACCAAGCUAUGUUGAACUGGAAAGCUGUGGGAAUGGACCCUGUGCCCAGGUAUGAUAAUGAAGUUGGUCCUUUAUCUCCAAUAGCUGUUACUCUUGUUGCUGGAGUUUCUGGUUCAUUUGCUGCAGCCGCAUCUCAUGGUUUUGACACUACUAGAAGUCGAUCACAAUGCACUGUUCUGCCUAAGUAUGUAUCGAUGGAGAGGAAAUUUCUUAAGUGGAGUAAACCUGGGAAGAGAUUUGAGAGGCUAACUGGGAUCCACCCGGCUGAUAGAAACUUACUACUGAAUGGCAUAUGGUUGCGCGUGGCUCGUUGUGGACUUGCAUCAUCUGUCAUUGUAGGAAGUUACUUUUUCACUAUUAGUCACCUGGUCUCUAAUUGAAAGUUCCUGCAUUGGGAGGACAUUGGAUUUGCACUUUGUGGUCCAAUACACGAAUUUGGAUUGGAACGGGUCUAAAAUCCUUGGGCCUUUUAUCAAGACGAGCUACUGAUCUGCUCGAUUUGCUUAUGUUUGAUUUUUCUGUAAUAUGUUUUAUAAUUUACACUUUGGAACAACAAAGCAGCCACAGAGGUUUACUUCCUCGUCAAAUCCUAAUUCAGGUUCA